AUGGAAGGAAAACGAGGCAUGGCCACCGAUACGAAGAGCAUUAAAGACCUUUCAAAUUUAAUUAAAAAAAUGCCCCAGUAUCAGAAGGAGCUUAACAAAUAUAGUACCCAUCUUCAUUUGGCCGAAAAAUGCAUGCAGAAAUAUCAGUCUGGAAUCGAUAAGCUGUGUAAAGUGGAACAGGAUCUGGCAAUGGGCACCGACGCCGAGGGUGAACGGAUUAAAGAUCCUGUAAAGUUACUUACUCCUCUUUUGAUCGAACCAGCCGUUGAUCAGCAAGACAAGAUCAGACUGGUGCUCCUACACAUUUUGACUCGAAACGGUAUUCCCGAUGAAAAUUUAAAUCGUCUUCUGCAACAUGCGAAUAUACCUCCAACUGAAAAGUCGACCAUCGUCAAUAUGAGCUUUUUGGGCUUAAACAUCACGUCAGAUGCCGGCAGACGAAAAGUUUGGACUCCAAACCGGAAGGAACGAGUCGGUGAGCAGACAUAUCAGACUUCGCGAUGGACCCCAGUUCUUAAGGAUAUCAUAGAGGAUGCAAUCGACGACAAGCUUGAUCAAAAAUCAGUUCCAUUUUUGGCGGGCCGGCAGACAGUGCCAACUUAUCGCACGCCAACAAGCGCGCGUUAUGGUCAGUGGCAUAAGGAACGCGGCCAACAGAUUCAGUAUCGUUCCGGUCCAAGACUGAUUGUGUUCAUCGUUGGUGGAGUGACUUACUCUGAAAUUCGAUGCGCUUACGAAGUGACUAGAGAGAGAAAGUCGUGGGAAGUGAUAAUAGGUGAUUGA